AGUCUCCUCCCAGACGACGCCAUCCGACCUUACGACUGUCGGCCAGUCUGACCAAUAACAGCCGGAAUCCCCGUUUCUUACGCAUCCCAUUGACCAAUCAGAACCGAAGUGGGCGGAAUCACCGGGGCCUGGUUUUCAGGUUUGGUUGCAAAGUGUUGUGCUACUCUCAGAGAGCCUUCGGAGUGACUUCCAGCUGAGCCCAGUGGACAUCAGGACGUAUAUCCUACCACACCUCUUCUCCCUUCAGGCUGCCUCCUCCACUGCUGGAUGGUGAUCGGCAACUAUUUGGAAUUCAUUCUUCGCCUUUAAACGGAAUGGAUUUUGAAAACACUUGAGCUGGAUAGUGUGCCGGACAAGUGUUGUGAGAAAGCCCGCCGGUGGUGGUCAACUUUUGAGGAGGUCGCACUUGGUUGUUUCUGCAAGGGGAACUAACUUAAAACUACAAUGGAUCAAGCCAGCGGUGGGGAGGAUCCGAAUAAACCCUCUAAAAAGAAGUCCAGCGAGGAUGAGGGUAAAAACAAGAAGCUGAACAUACACAUAAAAACUUUGGCUGAUGAUAUGCGUGAUCGUAUCACCAGUUUCAGGAAAACAGGGAUGAAGAAGGAGAAGCCCCUUAUACAGCACCCAACAGAUCCCCUCUCUACCCAGACUGAACUGCCUGUUCCUCAGCCCCUUUUUGAUGACCGAUCCAUGAAUCUCUCCGAGAAGGAAAUUAUUGACCUCUUUGAGAAGAUGAUGGAGGACAUGAACUUGAAUGAAGAACGCAAAGCCCCUCUGCGUGGGAAGGACUUGAGCACCAAGCGUGAGAUGGUGGUCCAGUACAUCUCAGCUACUGCCAAAUCUAUUACUGGGAGCAAAGUUGCGGGUGGACUCAGGAACAGCAAGCACGAGUGUACCCUUUCAUCCCAGGAAUAUGUCCAUGAACUGCGUUCUGGCAUCACGGAGGAAAAACUACUCAACUGCCUGGAAUCCCUCAGAGUGUCUCUCACAAGUAACCCUGUCAGUUGGGUUAAUAACUUCGGUCAUGAGGGUCUUGGCCUUCUUCUGGAUGCUCUGGAGAAGCUGCUGGACAAGAAACAGCAAGAGAAUAUUGAUAAACGGAACCAGCAUAAACUCAUCCAGUGCUUGAAGGCGUUCAUGAACAAUAAGUAUGGACUGCAAAGGAUCUUGGGAGACGAACGAAGCUUGUUGCUGUUGGCACGAGCGAUCGACCCCAAACAGACCAACAUGAUGACAGAGAUUGUCAAAAUUCUCUCUGCUUUCUGUAUCAUUGGAGAGGAAAACAUCCUGGAUAAGAUUCUAGCUGCCAUGACAAUUGCUGCAGAGAGGAACAAUAAAGAGAGAUUUGCUCCCAUUGUGGAAGGACUGGAGAACCACGAGGCCCAGCAGCUCCAGGUUGCUUGCAUGCAGCUGAUCAACGCCCUUGUCACCUCCCCCGAUGACCUGGACUUCCGGAUACAUUUACGCAAUGAGUUUUUAAGAUGUGGCCUGAAGAAGAUCCUUCCCGAGCUUAAAGAGACGGAGGAGCUCGACAUCCAGCUGAGGGUGUUCAAUGAAAACAAGGAAGAGGACUCCAUCGAACUCUCCCAUCGCCUGGAUGACAUCCGCGCUGAGAUGGAUGAUAUGAAUGAGGUGUACCAUCUCCUGUCCAACAUGGUGAAAGACACUGGCUCAGAGGCAUACUUCCUGUCAAUCCUUCAGCACCUAUUGCUCAUCAGGAACGACUAUUACAUCAGGCCUCAGUACUACAAGGUGAUAGAGGAAUGUGUGUCUCAGGUGGUUCUGCAUCGCAAUGGGAUGGACCCUGACUUUGGCUACAGUAAAAGACUGGAUGUGGACUUCACCCAGCUGAUUGAUCAGUGUGUAGAUAAAGCCAAAGUUGAAGAGAGUGAGCAGAAAGCUGCAGAGUACUCCAAAAAGUUUGAUGAGGAGUUCAGUGCGCGGCAGGAGGCCCAGGCUGAGUCUCAAAAGAAGGAAGAAAGGAUCAAAGAGUUGGAGGGGAAGAUACAGACCCUGGAGUCCCAGUUAACUAUUGAAAAAGACAAGCUCAAAGAGGCUCAGAGACUCAUCAGGGAAUCUGAAGCCAAGAUUGCAGCUGGACCGACUGCACCUGGAGCACCACCUCCACCGCCGCUACCAGGAGGUGCAGCUGUUCCACCUCCUCCUCCGCCCCCUCCUCCCCCACCCGGUGGCUGUCCCCCACCGCCCCCACCUCCUCCCCCACUCCCCGGCCACGCUGGCAUUCCACCACCACCUCCGCCGCCCCCACCACCAGGUGGAGGACCUCCCCCUCCACCACCACCCCCGGGGUGUGGGCCGCCACCUCCUCCGCCCCCCUUCGGUGGCCCAGGUAUGCCUCCUCCACCCCCUGCAUUGCCUGUCAUCAAGCUGCCUUAUGGACUGGAGGCCAAGAAGACCUACAAGCCUGAAACUGUGAUGAAGAGGGUCAACUGGACCAAGAUAGUGCCUCAGGAAAUGGCAGAGAAUUGCUUCUGGAUCAAAGUCAAAGAAGAGAAGUUUGAGAAUCCUGACCUAUUUGCUCAGCUCUCCCUCUGCUUCUCUUCACAGAGCAAAGUUAGAAAAGAUUUGAAGGAUGAGACUGACGACAGAAUGCCACAAUUCAAGAAAAAGGCAAAAGAGCUCCGUAUCUUGGAUGCCAAGACAGCACAGAACCUUUCAAUUUUCUUGGGCUCGUUCCGCCUGCCUUAUGAAGAGAUCCGGGACAUUGUGCUGGAGGUAGACGAGGAAAGACUGAGCGAAUCACUCAUCCAGAACCUGAUAAAGAACCUGCCGGAGCAGAAAGAGCUGAGUGCGCUGGCGGAACUAAAGGGUGAAUACGACGAGCUUGUAGAGUCGGAGCAAUUUGGCAUUGUGAUGAGUUCAGUUAAACUCCUACGACCACGACUCAACGGCAUUCUGUUUAAGCUGACGUUUGAGGAGCAGGUGAAUAACAUCCGACCAGACAUCAUGAAUGUGACAUUCGCCUGUGAAGAGGUGAAGAAGAGUGAAGGCUUCCACAAACUCCUGGAGAUGAUACUGCUGGUUGGCAAUUACAUGAAUGCUGGCUCGAGGAACGCCCAGACGUUUGGCUUCAACAUCAGCUUUCUUUGCAAGCUCCGAGACACUAAAUCCAUCAGUCAGAAUACAACACUUCUUCAUUUCCUGGCUGACAAGUGUGAAGAGAAUCACCCAGAGAUUUUGAGGUUUCCAGAUGAACUGGAGCAUGUGGAGGAUGCCAGCAGAGUUUCUGCUGACAUCUUAAAGACCAGCUUGACCACAAUGGAACGCCACAUUCAGAGGCUCGAGAACGACAUAGAAAACUUCCCCAAAACAGAUGACCAACAAGAUAAGUUUGUGGAAAAAAUGUCCGGCUUCUGCAAGCAUUCCCGGGAGCAGUAUGAAAAGCUGUCCACCAUGCACAAGAACAUGCAGAAGCUCUACGAAAGCAUAGGCAGUUACUUUGCCUUUGACCCUCAUUCAGUCAGUGUUGAGGAUUUCUUUGGAGACCUGUCCAACUUCCGCGUCCUCUUCAUGGAAGCAGUGAAGGAGAACCACAAGAAGAGGGAGAUGGAGGAGAAGAUCAAGAGAGCCAAGCUGGCGAAGGAGAAAGCAGAGCGCGAGAAGCAGGAGCGCCAGCAGAAGAAGAAGCAGCUGAUUGACAUGAACAAAGAAGGAGACGAAACUGGUGUAAUGGAUAGCCUAAUGGAAGCUCUACAGUCCGGAGCAGCCUUCCGUGAUCGACGAAAACGGACACCACGCAACGGUGAUCAAAGCCCUUCCAGUCCAGCCUCUCGGUGGCCGGGUGCUAACUAUGGUAACAGAACUCUAGACAACCGCCGCGCAGUCCUGGAAAGGUCUCGUUCGCGCCACAACGCAAAUCACCAAGCUCGAUGAUCACCCGCGCCUACCACAAGACGCUAGAUAAGUGCCAAAGAGGCCUGCGAGGAGGAGACGUGGAAGACAUCUGAAGGAGGGACGGACCACCCCUCACUGUGGCACACUCACACUCAAAGGAAUCACACACACAGCACCGAGUAUGGAACAAAAAUGCCUGAAAAAGCUACACAGAACUGAAGACUCUGACACUCAAUUAUCAUGCCAUUCAUCUGAUGCCUUACAUAUUUAUUCAAUAAUUUCUCAUUACUUUUCAUGGCCGUGCACUCCCUACAUGGUUUGAUUUAAAAACGCUACUGCUUUCUAAAAUGAAUGGCUCUCAUUGUCUGAAAAUCCAUUUUAAUUCUUGUAAGUUCUCUAUUUUAAUCCCUUUCUAAUCAGCAUACUACGUAGUUUUCACACGAAACAUGCAUCAAACAUUGCAGUGAAUUAAAAUAUAGACAUUCUGCCAAGAGGGACUGCAAAGUAGUGUACGCUUAUCCUGGAGAACAUACCGUGCACCGUUUAUACCGUUUAUUCAGCAAACAGUGGGGCAGCUGUCCUUUAAUAGAAGACAGGGAUUCAACACCCAUUUUGGCAGGAUUUCAACCUGCUAACGUUUUCUUCAACGCUGAACUCUUAACCGAAGAGGGAGGAGCUGUUUUAAAAUGUCUUUUUCUUCUUUCCCCUGUCAAUCCCUCCUUCAACUGACAUCAAGACAAUUUUCAGUGGUAAAUUUAAAACAAGUCCCCAUGAAUCACUUCACUGCAUAUCCCACAAAGCCACAAGAGCUGGCCCCUGUCUAAACCAAUAUCUCAAAGCAUGUGACUCAUGGAUCUUGAAACUGUAAUCUCCAUUUUGACAAGAUGCAUUUUAUUUUUAGUUGUGUAGCAUCUAACCGAUGCCUUCGGGUGCUGAUCUCUGUCCCAAGGUCGCUUUUGCUGUUAACAUGAGAGACUGACACAUUUUUAAAUGCAUAUAACUGCCUGGAGGAACUAACAUGAACUCUUUGACCUUUCCUGUGGUUGCACAGGUUUUCUGUGGGGGACACAUGAUGACACGAAGGUAUUACAGCAUUUUCAUUAAUAACCUAUUUCAAUCUGUGUCACUUUUUUAAAUAUGAGGGCUCUAGAAAAAAAGGGAAAAAAAAGCAGUCCAGCAAUUAUUAAUCUGUCUAGAGACCAGUGUUGAUAAGUUUGCUCUUCAGAAUUCUCAAAGCAUAUUCUCAAUUGAUUUAUUUUUUCCUGUUGGCUAUUUAAAACAUUAAUAUAAUAAGUGUUGUAGGAAAACUAGAAUCUCCACAAAAGGACACAUUUUUUUAAACGUGUGUAAUUAAUAUAAUUCUAAAUUAUUUGCAAUAUAAUUGAAAACAAAAUCCAAAAUGUUUUUGGUUUUUACAUGCACCAUACGCAUUAUUUGAUUUAAAUAAACCCUUUAGGGAGGGAAAAAAAUAGCAUUCAAAAUCUGCUGGGGGAAUUCAUAACUCAGAAAGGGUUUUAAGACCACAAACCUCUCUAUUAAAAAAACCCUGUUUCCUGGUGGAGUGUGUGACACUGCAGCAAAAUCACCUGAUGCUGAGUGUUUGUGUACGAGAUAGUUGACACUCUACUGUAAGCUUUGUUUCUCUGUAUGGACCUAGUGUCACACAGCUUCACGUGAACUAUUUAUUCAUAUAUUCAUGCCUGGGGCCACCCUGUCCCCUCACUUCCCUCAGCUGUAAGCAGUUGCUACUAAAUACAACCACUGAGUCCGCAUUGAGACUGGGCGCGACCAGAAUAAUCAACUGAGGGGCACAGCAGACAAGAUGAUGCUUGUCUUAGCAAGUGAGUCUCUUAACAACCUCCAGUUCCCCAGCACUAAUGGCAUAGGUGACCCUUUUUCCAUAAUGUAAGUUACUUUACUAACACUAUAACUCAGCUUUGGCCAUUGUGUGUCUGUGUGUUUCUGCCCGGACGAGUGUAUAUGUGUGUGUGUGCACCAUGCCAGCUCAACAGGAACCCAGGCAAAAUAGGAUUCAGUGCGCUCGACUCCUGGACUGGCUAGAUGGAGAUUUUUCAUUUAAACAAUCUGCCGGUGCUGCUUAUGAUGUGUCUGUUUCAUGAUGCCUCCUCUCCCAGCCUGCAUGCUUCUAAAAAUGCAAUUUUACACAUCAUCUCGGCUCAAGGUGCACCCACAAUGCUCUGAGAAGUCUGCAUAUUUAAGAAGACAAUAAUUCUCCUCUGAAUAUAGGGUUUGAGCAGCCAUACAGAGAAAGCAGAGAGAAUGAGUUUUCUGCAUAAGGGAUUCUGCGUUGAUAGGAGUUUUCAGGACUUGCUGUACACGGCAGUGGUAGAGAUGUGCCGUCAAAGGCAGUGACUUCCUCCUUCUAAUCGUCCCUCGUCCCUUUGUCCUCUACACCACAACACCUGUCCAGUUAUUAUAAAGAGUAAAAUCUGUUUUUUUUUAAUACCAGUCCUCCAUCAACACCAGUGUCUAAUGGUGUAUUCUCCUUUCUGAUUGGAUAUUGUACUUACCAAAACAACCAGUGGUUUGUGGUUGUCUGUUUCUUGAAUAAUUUGACUAAAAAAAAACUGUAUUCAUUAUUUAAACAACUUAGAUUUUCUUUCACUUGUGCCAACUUUUUUCUUUUUUUUCUUUUUUCUUUUCUUUUUCUCUUUUUUUGGAAAAAAUGUUCUCAGAUCUUUUAGUUAAAACUAUGAGAAAGAUUGUACAGGCGUAUAAACUUUUUAAAAUUUUAUUUUAGCCAUUGUUUGAUGAACAUUGAUCCAAUUAAGAACUGUCAUUCUAAGUAGGAGAUUUGAUGUGAUUCUGAUAGUCGUGGUAUUUCGUAUCUGAAACGCUCACCCAUCUUUUGUAAGAUGCAAUUUGUUUGGAGUGAUUUGGACAAACAAACUUUUGUAACAAUUCCAUUGUAUUGAGCUACGAGCUACGGUGUUAGCCAUUGUAGAAGUUCCACAUCAUGCACAUCCCUGCAACAGUGAAAACUAUGAACACAUUAUGUUGUUUGAAUGAGGCAACACAAAACUAAAUAGCAAAACUGCAUCGUAAAUCCUCCGGUUUUAUCAGACCGAAUGGCUGGAAAGCUGUAGAUGAAAACAUUAUUUUAAUUACAAGAGAAACUUCUACAAUGACAACAUUCCUCAUUAUCCCUGUAAGUGAUUGUUGUAUUUUUCCUCCCAUCUCAUCUCUUAGGAUAAUCAGAAUUGUGUGUUUUUUAUAGAAAGUAGCGAGAGAGUCUCGGGUCCAAGGACCUGAACUGGUACAUCAUAUUAGUGUGGAAAACAUCCCAUCAUCCCAUCAUCGUAUCGCUUGUAACUAACAAACCUCAGCUGAUGAUAUGACUUGUGCUCAUGGUAAUUGUAAGAACGAGGAGGCAGGGGUAUGUAUGUAAAGGUGCCAUUUAUGUGGUGACUGGCGGGAAGCGCCCAGAGCAAAAGAAAAGUUUGCAACGUUACUUACACUCACUGCAAUGCACUUUACCUCGCAAGAUAUUCUGCUCAGGCAGCAAAGAUUUGUUUAAGAUUCGCAAAUACAACAUUGCCACUAACAGAGUGAACUAUUUGCAAAGUAUUUCUUUUAGUAAAUAGUUCCCAGCUGCCACAUAUCCAGUUCUUUCCUACUUUGUUAGUGCUUACUAUUGAUUUGUGCGAGACCCAAUUGCGGCUGAAUCAACAAGCAAUGCUCCUAAACAAACCCUGUCCGACCACAAUGUGUAAGCUGCCAUAUCCCUGCCUACCUUCCUUGUUGUCAUUGAGUAUGUUUUAAUGUCUUAAGAAACAUUUAUAUUUGUAACAUUUUAAGUUUAUUUGUAUCCUUAGGAACAUGAAAAAAACAAACAAAAAAAAAAACCCAAAAUGGUUAUGCACAUUGUCCUUCCAUAGAAUAUGUAAUGGGAUAUGAUACUAAAUAAUAACCACUUUGUUAUAUAAACUGAUUUCUGAAAGAUA